UUGAAUAUAACUUUAUGUCCGACCAAUAUGACUUGUGAAAUAAUGAUGUUUGACGAUUUUCAAAAUAUGAAAAUGCUAGAUUCUAAAGGACGUUUUGAAAAACCUCAGAAUUGCAUUCCUCAAAAGUGUGAAACUUGUGCAAAGAAAACUCAGGAUUUAUUGAUUCAUAUGCAAUCUCAUAUUGAGACAACGCAACAAUGUAAAAUAUGUUUUACAACAUUUUUUAAUUUUUCUGCUUUAUCAUCACAUUUUAAAACACAUGUUAAGAAGAGUUUAUUUCAAUGCCCUUUAUGUGGCGAUGUAUUUUCUGAAUCUUUACAUCUUAUUCGACAUGUGAUAUUUCAUAUUCCAAAUUUUGAAACACAAUCAGCGAAUGAUGCUACUUCACAAUUUUUGUAUGAUGAUAAUGUGAAUGCAAAUGAUAUUAGUGAAAGAGAAAAUAAUUUGGGAGUAGAUAUUGAAGAAGCACAAAUAUCUGAAUUGAAUGACAGUUUAUUAUUGACUUCAAACAAAUGUGUUGCAAAUAUAAAUUUAAACAACACAUAUCCAGAUAGUAUAUCAGUCUCCAUCAGUAACAAGUCUCCAUGUAUAAAUACAUCAGAAAUAAAUAUUGAUAAAAUUGUAAGCAAUGUAGACACUGAAUGUAAAGACAAUUAUAUUGCUUCAUUAGAGAAAAUUGAAGAAAAUAUCAUUCCUCAAAAUUAUGAACUUGACAACCAAAAAUUACAGAAUGUUGAUUUACCUUCAGUUGAAAAUUCACUAUCACCUAUUACAGAAAACCAGAAUAAGUUGUCAAAGAAAGUAAAGAAAAAACGAAAUAUUUUUUGUGAAAUAUGCAAAAAAUCAUUCAAAGAGGCAGGUGCCCUAACAGUUCAUUUGAGAACGCAUACAGGAGAAAAACCUUUUACAUGUAAAUUGUGUGCAAAAUCUUUUAGUGACCAAAGUAAUCUCUCAGCACACAUGCGUGUCCACACAGGUAUAAAACUUCAUAAAUGCAAUAUAUGCGAUAGAAGCUUUGGCCGAGCAACACACCUUAAAAAUCAUUUAAGAACUCAUACUGGUGAACGUCCAUUUAAGUGUGAGAUAUGCAGCAAAUCAUUUGCUUCACCUGAUACAUUAUCAAUGCAUAAAAGGAUUCAUACUGGAGAACGUCCUCACCUUUGCACUCAGUGCGGUAAAACCUUCAGACAACCAGAUAGUUUCAUAAAGCAUAUGAGAGCUCAUUCGGGAAUGCGGCCACAUAAAUGUGAAACAUGUAAUAGAACUUUCUCAGAAAAAAGCGCUUUAAAAAUUCAUUUAAAAACUCAUACUGAUAAUCAACCAGUAAGUUGUACCGUGUGUGGUAAAAAAUAUAAGUAUUUUAACACCUUGAGCAUGCAUAUGAGAACUCAUACAGGUGAUAGCCCUUUUAAGUGUAAGAUUUGCUGUAAAUCAUUUAUACUCGCAAGAACAUUAUCUGAUCAUAUGAGAUCUCAUACAGGUGAACGACCAUUUCAUUGCAAUAUUUGUGGCAGGAGUUUUGUUCACAAUAGUGCUCUUUGGGCUCAUUUACGAGUUCAUUCCGGAGAACAUCCUUAUAAAUGUGAUAUUUGUGAUAAGACUUUCAAUCAAUCAAGUAACUUAAAAGUUCACAAGAGAGUUCAUACUGGGGAACAUCCUUAUAAAUGUGAUGUAUGUGAUAAGGCCUUUACCCAGUCUAGCAACUUGACUGUUCAUAAAAAGAUUCAUAUGGAAGAGCAAGUAGUUCAGAAGUGCAAUUUCUGUGGAAAAUGUUUUAAUAGUGCUAAAACCCUAAAUAAGCAUAUACAAGAACAUGAUCAGAAAGGAAAAUAAAUCAUACGAAAAAGAAUGUGAAUCUCAAGGUUUUACUCAUACUA